AUGGCGGCGUAUGAUGGAACAGGAAACCCGAGGGAGCACAUUCUCAACUACAAAACAUUUAUGGAGCUGCAAACCCUAUCCAACGCCUUGAUGUGCAAAGUAUUCCCUACUACACUUACGGGACCAGCGAGAGCCUGGUUUAAUGGUCUGGAAGCCGGAAGCAUCAGGAGUUUUGGCGACCUCGCCAAUGUUUUCAUUAGUCGGUUUAUAGCAGGAGUACCGGCUGACAGGAAAACCAGUUACUUGGAAAUAGUGAGGCAAAGAAGGAAAGAGUCUCUAAGAGAAUAUGUGGCCCGUUUCAAUACGGAGACCCUACAGAUCCCUGAACUAAAUGAAAACAGGGUAGUGGAAGCCAUGCAGAAAGGAACUACCUCCCUCGAGUUCUUUGGCUUGUUGUGCAGAAAGCCUCCUACCACUCUGGCGGAGCUGAUGAAAAGGGUAGAAAAAUACAUAAGGCAAGAUGAUGCCUUGAUGACAAGUAGAUUCGCCAAGGAGGCAACAGACAGGGGAAAAUCCCCGGAAGAAAGGAGGUCGGAGAGAUAUGAAAAGAGGCAGAACAAAAAACCUGAGAUGUACAGACAGCCCUGGGACCGGAGGGAGCAAAGACCAUUUUCACCUCGGGUGUAA